UGGGCGUGCAAAUGCAAAAGGAAAUCAAGUGUGAAAGCUAAAUCUCAUCAAAUGAUCCACCCAAUUAAUAGCUCCAUCUCUGACACUACCAUCAUUGAAUAUCUGUCCUGUAUCUAUACCUCCUUAUACUGUAUCUAUAUAUUGUAUUGCUCUAUAAAGCUGUUAAAGACUAGACCAACCGAACCCAUUUCACUGUUUCUUUUCUUCAUCUGGACCUGACCUACAUGUAUAGCUCUAGAAAUAGAGAAGAGGGUUAAAGAUGUCUCAGAAAUGUGAUGAUUUACGGUUGAGUUUGAGUUUGAGUUUGAGUUUGAGAUGCCCACAGAAUGUUAAUCCACCGCCACCGCCACCGCCGCUGGCUCCUCCACCACCACCACAACCACCGUUUCCAUUGAGCCUGUUGCAAUCUCCUUUGCCUUUCAUGCAGCGGCAGAAUCAGAAGUCUUCAACCGCUGAUCCGUUUCAAUUAUCUGCUGAUCGGCAUGUUGAGGGGAGAUCGUUUCUCCGGGGGAUUGACAUGAAUAAACCGAUAACUCUAAUACAUAUGGAGACGUCACAUCAAUUAAUCCUUAGAGGCAGAGAGGAUCCUGACACAGAUAUAUUUCUAAAAGUGGCGACAGAGGGAUCUGUUAAAGGAGCACUUCGGAGUGCCUAA